AUGGACGAAACAGUCCUCAUCACCGGAGCAAACGGCUCUCUAGCCCUAGGCUUCAUCCAAGCUCUACUAUCCCUCUAUCCUCAAAUGACCCUAGUCGCCACCGUCCGAAACGCCUCCCCAGAGCAUGACCCAAACACCGCAAAACUCCUCAACCUAGUUGCCAAAUACCCCAAAGCGAACUUCCACCUCGAGACCCUCGAUCUCGGGAGCCUCGCCAGCGUACGCUCCUUCGCAGAUCAAGUAGCUAACCAAGUCCUCUCAAAGAGACUUCCUCCCCUCUCAGCAAUAAUCUGCAACGCCGCGACCUUCUCCUUCGAAGCAGGACAGGUCUAUACGACGGACGGUUACGAAAGCACUUUCCAAGUAUGCCAUCUGUCUCAUUACCUCUUGAUUCUGAGACUCCUCGGAAGCAUGAACAAGACAUCCGGACGCAUCGUCCUCCUUGGUUCCGUCACCCAUUACCCCGAAAAGCCGAACCCGCUUUCUUCUCUCAGACCGGGGUUUCCUGAGAAUAUGGACGACUUGGUGCAUCCCCCGCCGGAUCCGCCGACUCUUGUGCAUGAUAAAGGGUUUCAGAGAUACGGUACGGCAAAGUUGGCGAAUGUUAUGUUGGCGAUGGAUCUCAAUCGCAGGCUGCAGGAGGAUGACCGGCUAUCGGGUGUCACUGCCCUCGCUAUGGACCCAGGUGGUCUCCCGAGUUCGAGGGCGCAAGCGGGGCAGAAAAGAUCGGCUCGAUGGUUGUUUAGGGUUGUUGAGUGUCUGAUGCCCGUUUUGAGGUACAUGACUACGAUGUUUCGUACUAUUGAGGACGCUGGGCACGAUUUGGUUGUUGUGAGUGUUGGGGCUGAGUUCCGAGGGAAAAGAGGGUAUUUCGUUGGAGUCAAGAAGGUGGCGCCUGCGGCGCUCAGCGAAGAUCGUGAAGCACAGGAGAAAUUGUGGGGGAAUUGCUGGAGGUGGGCGGGUAUGCGAACUGAGGAGACUGUGCUUCGUAAUUCUGUUCCUAAUGCUAAAUAG